UUUUCACCAAUUCCAACACGAGUUCCAGCAAGGAGACUCCUGGACGAACCUCUCGAAAAAAUCUUAAGUGGCCUCGAACCAGAACAGUCGACAUCUGAUGUGCCGAACCAACUAGUUCCAGCGACCCACAAUAUCAGUGCUCCACGUCCGGACCCUCCACAUCACCUGCAACCUCAACUUCAAGAACUUCACGGAUCUCACCAACUUGAAAAAGAUGCUGACCAGAAUGAUGCUGAUAGGCCUACUGCUGGCCCUAGUAAUCAAACUCAGAGUCCACGGAUAUGAGCUCACGGACUUAACAAAUACAGCCGGAGCAAUCCCAAUUAAAACAUGUAGCGAUGUUUUUUCUAACACAUCUCAUGCACACAUUCACACUAUAAAUAUAACAGCUCUAGGUUACGAAAUUGACGCACUUUCCCUAAAUGCUAAUUCUAUAACCAACUCUUCUAUCGAUAAAACGCUCCUUCAAACGCUAUUUCAACAUUUCACUUACCUAUCCAAUAAAAUGGAGCAUGUAAAAGCUUAUAAAAUGCAAAGUAAACACAAACGAGGUAUUUUCAAUGGUCUAGGUACAGCAAUAUCUUGGAUCACAGCUAACAUGGACGCUAAUGACAAAGAACAUUAUAAUUCAAUUGUCAGUGAAAUAGAAAAUAAUGAACAGAUAAUCCAGAAAAACCUGGACUCACAAAUUAUUUAUAAUCAUAGGUUAACAGACAAAUUUAAUGACAAUAUGAAAAUUAUUCAAAGCAACAACGCUGUUUUACAGGAUUUUUUACUGAAAGCCUCACAUGAAAUCAAUGUCAUUGAACGUCUUCAACAAUAUUCUCUUCUAUUAGCAAGUGUGUCUCUUCUUGAGCUUCAUGUAAAUGAUAUUGUGGGAAGUCUGGAAUUUUUUAAAAGGAAUAUUCUACAUUCUAGUAUUUUAUCUCACUCAGAAAUAUCUUCAAUAAUUUUAAAUACUCCCGAUAAUUUGGCAUCACGAGACGCUUCCGUGCUAUGGCAGAUCUCAAACGUGCAUUGCGCACUUGGUAAUGAUUUAUUGACUUACUUCAUUCAAACUCCUAUUGAAACCUUGUUAUUAGAUUCUUAUUUUAUUAUUUCGUAUCCAAUUACGCCCAACGCAAAACUGACAGAUUACAGAGAGUAUACAAUGAAAAUCAACAAAUCUAUUGUAUCCUAUUGUAAAGGCGAAUUGUAUGUUCUAGACGAUAGUGUUUUAAUCUCUAAUACUAGACAACAGUUGCCGAAUACGGGAGUUUCCAUGAAAACUGCUUCGACCAACCCCAAAUUCAAGACACCAAUGCACACCACCGAAACGGGUGUUGAGCAUAUGGACGAAAAAGAUCAAAUCAUUGCUGAAUUGACCAAGCGAAUUAAUUUUUUAGAGCUAAGCAUGAACAACAACAACCCAGGUUAA